UUAUUUGACUGAAAUUCAUACAACUCGUGUGAAAAAUGCUUGAUUUUUACAAAUAUGUCAUCAAAUAACUUUUAUGCUGUUAGAGAAUUUCUGUAUAACGUUAAAAGUUCUCAAAAAGACCAUUAAUUAUUCGUUUUCAUCCGUGCAUACAUAUCACUGAAUCAAAAUGGAUUCUGCUCCAACUUUGCAAAUAGUCUGUCAAGCAAUAUAUUCACUUUACCAUAAUCCAGAUCCUGUAGAAAAAGAAAAGGCAUCCAAUUACUUAGGCGAAUUACAAGGAUCGGUAUUUGCUUGGAAAAUUGCUGAUGAAUUACUUCAACAUAGAGGGGAUCUUGAAUCAUGUUAUUUUGCUGCCCAAACAAUGAGGACAAAGAUCCAAUUUUCAUUCCAUGAACUCCCUGCUGAAUCUCAUUCAUCACUACGAGAUUCUCUUUUAAAUCAUAUUAGUCAUGUUACAAACGAAACAUCUCCAGUCAUUCUUACUCAAUUAUGCUUAGCAUUAUCAGAUUUAGCACUUCAAAUGGCUACUUGGAAAAGUCCUGUAAAUGAUUUGAUUGCUAGGUUUGGAAACAGCAUUCAACAUGUUUCAACUUUGUUGGAAAUUCUUACUGUGUUACCUGAAGAAAUAAAUAGUAGGCAUUUAAGGUUAGGUGCAAAUAGAAGAAAUCAAGUCAAUGAAAAUUUCUGCCAAGUUGCUCCUCAAGUAUUUUUAUUAUUGAACUCAUACGUACAAUCUGUUGGUCUGAAUGAACCUGGUGUUUUAAAGAAAGUUUUUCGCUGUUUGGGUAGCUGGUUUACAAUAAAAGGUUUACUGACUGAUGACCAGAAUUUACAUGUUUUGUUAAAUUAUAUCUUUCAAGUUUUGGUGAACCAUGAUUCACAAUCUAAUGUGCACAAUGCUGCAAGUGAUGCCUUGUGCAGUGCUUUAGUGGUUGUGGAGGAUGCCAGUUCACAUCAGGCUCUUGCUACAUUACUAUUCCAAGGUGUUUACACAUUUGUUGAAGCUUAUAAUAUAUCAGUUGCUCGUGAAGACACAGAUAAGUCUGUGAAUUACUGUAGAAUAUUUACAGAAUUAGCUGAGUCAUUCCUUGAAGAAAUGGUUACAUCGCCCAAUGCUGGAUUUGGUAAUCUACAAACACUUGAUUUAUUAUUGAUUUGUGUUGGACAUCAUGAUUUUGAGGUUGCUGAAAUAACAUUCAAUGUAUGGUACCGGCUGUCAGAAAUGCUAUACAAAAGAAAUGAUGAUGCUUUGAAUAGCAUAUUUGAGCCUUAUAUUCAACGAUUAAUUGUUGCCUUAUGUCGGCAUUGCCAACUGGACUCAGAUCAUGAAGGAGUACCAGAAGAAGGUGAUGACUUCAGUGAAUUCCGUCGACGUGUAUCUGAUUUAAUUAAAGAUGUUGUAUUCAUCAUUGGUUCAUCAAAAUGCUUCCAGCAGAUGUUUGAAAACUUAUGUAGCCAGGGAAAUUCUGCAACUUGGGAUUCAUCGGAAGCUUCAUUGUUCAUUAUGGGAGCAGUUGCCAAAAAUAUAGUUCCUGAUGAAAGUAGAAUUGUUCCUCGUGUUGUGGAAGCCAUUUUAAAUUUGCCAGAAGCUUCUCAUGUUGCUGUUAGAUAUACCAGCACUUAUCUGCUGGGGGAACUUUGUGAUUGGAUUGAAAAACAUCCACAUUAUCUAGAUCCAACUUUAAAUUUUUUGUUGUCAUGUCUACAGAAAAAACCUUUAUCAACAGUUGCAGCUACAGCAUUACAAAACAUUUGUGCCACUUGUAAAAAACAAAUGGGCUCACAUUUCAGUGGUUUAUUACAGAUUAUUCAAGCAAUAGACACAAUUUACCUUUCAAAUGAUGCCACAGUUGGUCUUUUGAGAGGAACUGCACUUAUUCUUGGUCAGAUGCCUCAUGACAAAAUCACUGAUGGUUUAAUGGAGCUUUGUAAAACUCAGACAACACCUUUAUCUCAACUAUUAAAGGAAGAUAAAAGUGUUGUAAAAGAAGGAACUAAGACAGAUCCAGCAGUAUGGUUGGACAGAUUGGCUGCUAUUUUUAGGUAUACAACUCCCUCCAUAACUAAUGGCCAAAUGCAUCCAUGUCUGCCUGUAAUUGAAAAAGUGUGGCCUUUGUUGUCUGAAACCUGUGGAAAAUAUCAAGCAGAUGUUCGAAUAAUUGAAAGAUGCUGCCGAUGUAUUCGUUUUGCUGUGAGAUGUGUUGGAAAGCAAUCAGUUUCCUUACUUCAACCUCUUGUGACACAAAUGGUACAAAUUUAUCAAGUCAAUCAACAUUCCUGUUUUCUUUAUUUGGGAAGUGUUCUUGUGGAUGAAUAUGGUUCUGAACCUGGAUGUAUUGCAGGUUUAUUGGAUAUGUUACAGGCAUUUUGUACACCUGCAUUUAGAUUGUUGGAAAGUAAUGAUGGCUUAAGGAACUGUCCAGAUACUGUGGAUGACUUAUUUCGUCUUUGCACAAGAUUCCUGCAGUGGGCACCUGUUCCAUUCCUCCAGUGUCCAACUAUCAAACCAAUUUUACAAUGUGCAAUUCUGGCUACUAAAUUGGACCAUAAAGAUGCAAAUACCUCAGUAGUAAAGUUUUUCCAUGAUUUUAUUAAAGGAGCAAGAUUGCAAGAAGGCAGCAAGCAGGCACAACAGGAUGCUGCCAGUUUCCAUCAAAGACGAGCUCUCACACAAGCCCUCCUGGCAGAGCAGGGACAAAACUUAGUGAAUACUUUAAUGCAUUCUUGUGUAUUUUGUUUGCCAUCAUAUAUGUUAUCAAAUGCUGCAGAUGUAUUCUAUGACUUAGUUCUCUAUGACAAAGAGGCUCUGAAAAUAUGGUUAGAAAAUGCGCUAAGAUUACUUCCCAGUCAAAGUAGUAGUGGUACUGUAACAGCAACACCUGAACAGUUGCUGGAAUUUCAUAAUAAUGUUUUGAAUGCUGAACAUGUGAAAACAGUUCUUAAUCUUAUAAGAGACUUUGCCAGACUCUACAGAUAAUAUUGCUUCAAAGACAUUAUAAACAUCUUGAGUACAUUUUACUAGUCGCUGUAAAAGGUGAUUGACUCAAUUAAAUGCUCAUUUAUUAAUUUAAUUUUGACCCUGAUGACUUUAAAAUUUUUCUAACUGUGGUGAAUGUUAUUACUACAUAACAUUUUAUGAUUUCUUUUUAAAACAAAUGGGUCUUCAUGUCUCCUUGUUAUCUCAGAAAUGAGAAAUUAUUGUGUUUUAUCUCAUGAGCUUAUUCAGUUUUUCAAAGUCUUCCUCAGUGACUAUUAUUUAGAAAAGCACAUUUUAGGAAUUAUUUUAUAGUUAUUUUUCUUUCUGAUAUGCAGUGACCCCACAGAUAAAAUUAAUUUAUAUUUUACACUUGAAUUUGUCAUUCCUUAAUUCUUUGUCAUAGAUUUAUUAAUUACAAUGAAAAAAAAAGUUUAGUUUUUGUUCAGAUUCUGCACAUUGCAUAUGCAGCUUUUCAGAAUCACCACAGUUUCCAUUUUAUUUAGUAUUACUAUGACAGAAAUCACUGUUAAAAAUAUUUUAUGUGAAUAUUUUGUUAUGUUUGAUUCUGAAUUCUUAAAAUGUUUAAGAAAUGUCAAAUGUAUUGUGCUAACAGGUGAUAUAUUUAAUCUGUGAUGUGAAGUUAAGUGUUUUUUUUUCCUCUUAUUUUUUUUAAAUGUUGUAUUGUAAUAUUUUUUUUCUUAAAUUCAAUAUAUAUUUAUGGAAAAACAAAAUUAACUAAUAUGUAGAAAAGUUGCUCCAUUUAACAUUGAUUUUUUUUAUGCAUUUACCAGCUUUAAAAAAUGAUUAUUUUAAAUUUCUGAUUUCAGGUAAAUAUUAUUGUUUAAAUUUUUAAUGUGCUAACAACUAUAUUCAGGGAUUUUUAAUUGUUAUUACUAUGGAUAUAAUUUCUAAAAACUUGCGUUUUUCCAAAAGUGCGAUAUGAGUAUUUUUUUAUUAUUAUUAUUAUUUUUACAUAUGGAAUGUUAAUAAUAUACAAAAAUUUCAUAUCUGUAUUUCUAUUUAUUUCUAAUUUGAUAUAUUAACAAGGAAGAAAAAAGUGAUUGAUAUCUGCAAUUUUGACACAUUUAUGGUUUCCUUAAUCUGACUAUGAAAUUUUAAUACUAAUAAGACUUAAUUAUUUUAAAAUUUAUCUCAUACUUCAGAAACACACUAUGUGAAAUAUUUUUAUAACUGAUAAUUGCUCAAAAAUGAAAUAAAUUUUCAAGUUGACAAUAACUCAUCUUUUAGAGGAUACACUUGAACAUUCUUUUCAAAAUAAAACAUUUGCAUCGAAUUUGGCAUAAAUUUACAUUGCACAUGAUCUUGAUCGUUACCCCUCCAUCCUCCUCUGGUUUUGGCUGCAUAAUUUUUAUCCCUGUUUGUUUACUUUUGUUAGCUAUUUGCUAAUUCAGAUUAUAUUUGAGCAUUUUUAUUCAAUUCAUUUUAGUUAUUGUAAAUGUGGUUAUAAAGUAUGUGGUAUAAAGUUACAAUAGUAAGCCAUAAAACUGAAGGGUUAUAUCUUUGCUACUAUUUAAUAUCUAAUAAUGUCGUUACCACUUAUAUUUCUUUUUUUAAUGAUUUACUUCAAAACAUUUAAAUUUAAAAAUCAUAUAAUUAAGUAUUACAGAGCUUUAUUAACUUUUAAAUAAAUAUUAUAAAGAAUCAAUUCAAAUGAUUAAGUGAUAAUUCUUGGUUCUUAUUUGAUACUGAAAUUGUUAUUAUCCUAUAGUUUUCAGUCAUUUUGAAAUAUAUAUAUAUUCUCUCUGUUGUAUUAUUUUGAGAAAAUAUCAAUUUGGAUGUGCUGUGUAAGAUCAACACUGAGCUUGUUUUGAUAAAUUUUAAGAUCAGUGAGCUAUUUGGAUCCUUGCACAUCUAAAAUUUUCAAAGGAAAUCUAUUUUAAAAUCCCAAAACUUUUAAUGUCUGUUUAAAAAGUAAUAUUCAGAUCAUUAUGCAUUACUUCUAAAAAUACUAUUCCUAAAUUAUAGCAGACAUAGUGUUUCCUGUUAAAUAAUUGCAUUUUUGUAUUGCGAUUUCAGUUUAUUAUUAUUGUUUCACACAUACUAAAAAAAAACUGAAAAGUUCAUGCAAUCCCCCCCCCCCCCAUUUAGCUUUUCCCUAUAAAACAACUUUGGUCGUAACUGCAUUUUCAUAGCUUUAAAUUUUCUUAAAAGAGCAUUUAUUUCACUUUUAAAUUUUUUAUUAAAAUGUUGAAAGGAUAAACAUUUCAAUGAAAUAUGAAUUAUUUAUCAACAUUUUCCUUUAUCCUUGGAUAUUCUCUAGAGAAUUGAUAAUAGAAUCUAACUUCUUUUUAGCAAAGUUUAUAUGUAUAUUUUUGAAUGCAUAGUAUCUAAUAUUUCAAGUGUGCCAAAUGCAUGAAUAUAAACUAGAAAAUUUUGAUUGUUUCAUAUUUGUUUUAAGUGUUUUUAUUUUGCAAUUCUUCUGUUCUUUAAUUUAUAUUUUUAAAGAAAUCGGAAAAUGAAUAAUAAAAAAUAUUAAUAUUAUAAACUAUGUUUAAAUGUUCUUUGUAAGCAUUGUAUAAUUUUGAAUAUACUGUAGAAAAGGAUUGAUAUUUAUCUUACAAUUUUAUCCAAAAUACCAAAAAAGAGCAAUGUUUCCUUAUAAUCUUGUGACUUUUCAAGGAAAACAAUCUUUAUAUUUUUAUAAUUGUAUUUCAGCUUUGAUUUCGAUUUUACAAUAUUGUAAUGUGUUUGGGCAUCAUCUAUUUAUUUACUAAUUUAAUAAUCUAGCAUUAAAAAGUUAAUUGCAUCACAAUACAUUGUCAAGAUGUUUCAUUUAUGCAUUCUAAAGAUAUGGGUAAUUUUAUUUAAAUUUCAUAUUAAUAUUGACAGCAAAUCAUUCAAAUGAAAUUUUUUAAACAAACUAUUUAAAAUCAAUUAGAAGUUGGUUCUGUCAAUGAUUUACUUCUUUUGUCUACAAAUCACUUGCUUAAUCUUGUUCUUAUCCUUUAAGCAUUUCUUAAAAUAUAUAAAUGUGUGUUUUUACACAUGUUUUAUUUCAAGAAAUAUUCUUUUUCUGUUUAAAACUUUCUGUAAAUAUCCUUUGGAGCAUUUUAUAAGCUCUGGCAAUUCUAUUCUCUUGGUUCUACAAUGCUGAGGCAUGUCUUGAAUAAUGUAUAAACUAUUUGUUUCAUAUUCAUGCUACAGCACCCUAGAGAUAGCCAUGUGUUAUUUAUCUUCAUUCUGUCUUGAAAGCUUGGCUUGCUUCACUGAAUCUACUUCAUGCUUGAGUAGUUAAAAAUCUUACAGUGAAACUAGCAGUGAUAUAUGUAUAUAACAGAUCUUUCCCUUAAAAUUUUAAAUGUCAAUUUUCUGUGUGUCUCUAGGUAACUUUUUUUAAUCUUAGUAAAAAAACUGAAACAAAUAUUUUUGUUUACUUUUUUUCCUGAAUGAAUGAUGUGCAAAAGAAGUUAGUGUGCUUUAAAAUUGGAUACGAGAUGCAUACAAGUUUAAUGAAUGUUUGGAACAUAUUUUAACUUCAUUCUUAUGAGAUGAAAAAUAUUCUAAUAAAAAAAAAGAAACUGAUAUUGUACAAAGACUUUUGCCUUGGCUGAUAUACCUGAGGAAGCAAAUGAAAAGAAAUGUUCAUAUUUUUAAUAAUGUUUUCUACGAAUCGAUUAUGGACUAUCAGAUUUGUCUGUCAUUGAUGAAGCAAAUUUUAGUUUAUAUGUGUGUAAUGCUUGUAGUAACAGCAUUCAUAUUCCUUUGUAAAUUAUUUGUUCAAGUCUCAAUAAUGUGUACAUGUUUGUAGGCUUGGAUUGUACAUACAGUAGUUUAACUCUUUAUAUUGUGAUUGUGAUGUUUGUUUGAUGUGCUUUAAAUUUCUUUUUGUUUCUUAUGUAUUUUGAAAUUGUUCUGUUAAUAAAAAAGAAAUGUUUCUAUG